CAGUCCACUUAGUUCCUGUCCUCACUGUGUUCCGCUGCAGUGAGCGCUCGUAACAGACCAGCAGACACCAACUGUCAUGAAAGAGCAAGUGCUACAUUCUCAGGAUGACUGCCAGCCGUGUUCUCCAGGGGGGAAGCAAGUCAUCCAGUGCUUAAGAUGUGGGGAGCCAUGCAAGGGGCAGGUGCUGCGCGUGCAGAACAGCCACUUCCACAUAAAGUGCUUUACCUGCAAGGUGUGUGGCUGUGACCUGGCUCAGAGUGGCUUCUUCAUGAAGAGCGGUGAAUACCUCUGCCCGGUGGACUUCCAGAGGCUUCACGGCACGCGCUGCACCAACUGUGGGGAAUUUGUGGAGGGAGCUGUGGUCACAGUCUUGGGGAAGACCUACCACCCAGCAUGCUUUGUGUGCACUGUUUGCAAACAGCCUUUUCCUGCUGGGGAUUGUGUCACCUUCAGUGGAAAGGACUGCCUCUGUCAGCGAUGUAUUCGACCCCUCUCUCCUACUCCCAACGACGUCAGAUGUUCCAGUAGCUGCUCUGGCUGUGGUAGAGACAUCAAGAACGGCCAGGCUCUGUUGGCGCUGCGUGGCCAGUGGCACCUUGGCUGCUUCAAGUGUAAAGCCUGCAGAAGAGUGCUGAGCGGAGAAUACAUCAGCAAGGAUGGCGUUCCAUAUUGUGAGAGGGACUACCAGAUUCAAUUUGGGGUUCAAUGUGAAGCAUGUCAGAAGUUUAUAACUGGAAAAGUCCUAGAGGCAGGGGAGAAACAUUAUCACCCCAGCUGUGCAAGAUGCAGCAGAUGUGACAAAAUGUUCACAGAGGGUGAAGACAUGUAUCUGCAAGGAUCAACAGUUUGGCACCCGGACUGCAGAGACAGCAGCAGAACUGAGGACAGUUUCAUGCCAACUACAUCUUCAUCUGAAAGCUCGUGCUCCCGGCCGGGCUCAUGCACCCCAGGGAGUCCUGGUCGAACCAUCUGUGCAAAAGUAGAUAAUGAGAUCAUUGAUUACCGAGAUUUAGCAGCCAUUCCCAGAGUCAAGGCUAUAUAUGAUAUAGAGCAUCCUGAUAUGAUAUCUUAUAAGUCUGUGAACCACAACCCCUCUACUUUGGACAACAAAGGCAUCAGACAGGACAGGCAAAGCCCUGCAGAGUCACCAGGAAAUGUAUCUGAAACCACAGAGGAGGGUUUUGAAGACAGAAAGUACAUACCAAAAUCUACAAGCCACGGAACUUUUGGAGUUCAUACAAUAAACAAUCGUCACAGCUACACUCCAACUCUGUCCAGAUCACCACAACACUUCCACCGGCCAGGAUUGGUGCUUUCUCCCUCUUUAUUAUCUGGCAACAAUGACACAUGCCCCACUUCCCCUUUAAGUCAGCACUUUCUCCCUCACACCAAAGAGGAAGGCUUCAACAUGUACAGGAGGCCUCCAAUUUACAAACAGCAAGAUUCAAAUUCCACCACAACCCAAACAUCCUCUUUGCCUGGAUAUGGUCGCAAUGGCCUCAAUCCGCCACGGUCAGCUGAUUUCUCCCAUUACAGCAGCGACAGAUUCAGAGACUUUAAGCUCAUCCCCGACGGUCAAUAUCCAUUAGCACGCAUGGACAGAGGAGUGUCUAUGCCUAAUUUGUUGGAGCCAAAAGUCUACCCAUAUGAACUGCUCGCAGUUAGUAGUAGAGGACGAGUGAGACUUCCCAGGGAUGUUGACAGAACUAGACUUGAGCAUCAUCUUUCCCCGGAUUCCUUCUUUGAGAUCUUUGGCAUGGAGUUUCAAGAGUUUGACAAACUUCCACUGUGGAAACGUAAUAAUAUGAAGAAGAGGGCAAAUCUCUUCUAAAUGCUGCCUAAUCCAUGUUUCAAUUUAUUGUUAAUAUGCAGUACAUAUCAUUUUUUGCUUACAGACUGGACACAGUGUUGUGUUUCCCAGUUAGUUUAUUUAGGCUAUUGUAAUAAUGUUUAAAUGUAUAAUACCUCUAAGCAGAUAUGAACAUGAGAACUCAACUUGGCUUCACUGAUAGAUAGCCAUUAUUAUAUUGUCUCUCCUAAAUCAGCCCCGUCUCCCCAGUGAUUAUGUUCAUAUUGGACAAUAAGCUGUAUUCAAUUUAUCUCCAUUCAUCGAAAUGCAACAGUUAUUGUUGCAUUUUUCAAAAUAUUAUGUUCGUCUUUGAUGCCGGAGACUAGACUGUUUCAAACUAACAAUUGAUGUUGACUUUUGUGACAUUUACCAAUGCAGACAAUCUUUCCCAUACCUGACCUAUGCUUAACCUCUAAGAUCUUAACGUGUGUGUUGCUGUUAUGUUUUCACACUCAUAGCGUCACCAGAUCAGCAAAAUGCUAAUUUAUUAUAUAGGAGUGAUUAUGCAAAGCCUUGGAUUAUGAUCGAUGACAACAUUUUUGAGGGGAACUAAUGCUUUAAAACAGUGGUUCUUAACCUUAUUGAAGGUACUGAACCCUGCGAGCUUCAUCAGUGCAUUCACCGAACCCUUCGUAAUUGGAAAAAUAAAAUAUGAUUUCUUCAAAACAUAGGUAUAUAUUUUAUUAGUGCACAAAAUGAACCAUGCAUCAGUUGCACACAAAAUCACUGUGUGCAAAGAACAAAACCAACAAUUUCACACAAAAACAUAACUCAAUGAAUGAUUUGCGAUCAGGUACGCAACUUCGUACGAUGCUGUGAGGAUCGGUUUGUCGACAAACAAAACAUGAAUUUCACACAAAAACAUAACUCAGUGAAUAUUUACUGCAAAUCAAUGUGACUUUUGCUGUUGCCUUUCAGAUACAAGUUCAGAAAUGCGCGGCUUCACCUUGGCAAGUGCCACUCUCAUAUCAUUUUCGCAGCAAAGUCUGUUCCUGGGGUUCGAUCGAACCCAGGUUAAGAACCACUGCUUUAAAAUAAUAUUUAUUCCUAAAAUAUCUGCACUUGCAACUACAAGAUGGAUACAGUUUGGCACAUUAAGGAUAAUGUACCAACAUGUAGUUCAGUGCAUGAGGAAAUGCAUGAGUAUUUUUCUACUUGCCUUCUGGAAAUUAAGGAAUGAUGAUUUCAGAGCACAGUGUUUGAGAGUGGUUAGGAUGUUUAAAGUCAGAGUCAUUCAUGUCUAAAAUUGUUGUGAAGCUGGUUUAAAUGAUCUUGUGUUAAGAGAAAGCCUGUGUAGACCAUUAUUAUUAACCUUUGGGAAUAAUACGUAAUGUAUUAUUAUGUAUUAUCAUACCUGAUGUAUGUUACAGUGUUUGAGUACAUACAAUUUGUCUAACUUGUCUUCAACAUGUAAUUCUGAAAGAAGAUAUGAAAUUACUUUUUGAGAAUGUUUAUGUCACUAAAUUAAUGAAAUGUGCUAAAUUGGGUUAUUAAAGGUAAUUUAGGAUGAUAUGACUUAUUCUUGUUUUAUGUUUUCCCCUGACUUAGCUGUGAUAAAAAUCAUUGUAUAUGUAACCUUGACACUGCCGUCCCAGCACACCACCUCAAGCGUCCUAAAUAAAAUC